UUCGAAAUAAUUACCGUAUUUACUCGAAUAAGCGCCUCCCCCGAUUGAUGUUUUGGUAAGACUUCACGGGCUGUUACGUAAUAUUUAUCCAGCGGUUUUCCACAAGAAUCCAACAUGGCGGCCCAUUUUAGUGGAGCCUUACAGCUCACAGAUUUAGACGAUUUUAUCACUCCUUCUCAGGAAUGCAUUAAACCAGUGAAAAUAGAGAAGAAACCUGGCUCUCAGGGACUGGCCAAAAUUAAGAUAGAAAGUGACGGAAGCUAUGUACAAUUAUCAGAGGAUGGAGGGAAAGCAAAGCUAGAGAAAGCACAGAUAACAUUGAAUGAUUGUUUAGCAUGCAGUGGGUGCAUAACAACAGCAGAGAGUGUACUCAUUACUCAACAAAGCCAGGAAGAACUUUAUAAAGUCAUACAGAAUAACACAGAAUUAUUAAAGUCAGGAAAACUUCAAGAUUUCAAGACAAUUGUCGUGUCUAUAUCACCUCAAUCAAGAGCAUCAAUUGCUGCAAAAUUCGAUCUCACAAUUGAUCAGACAGCAAAGAAACUAACAAGGUUUUUUAAGCAAUUAGGAGUGCACUAUGUAUUCGACACAACUUUUUCAAGAGAUUUUAGCCUCAUUGAGAGUCAAAAAGAGUUUAUCAGGAGAUACAAUGCUAGACAGACUGGAGAAAAAGGCACAAUUCCUAUGUUGGCAUCAGCUUGUCCUGGCUGGGUUUGUUAUGCUGAGAAAACUCAUGGCAGUUAUGUUUUACCAUAUAUAAGUACAACAAAAUCACCUCAACAAAUCAUGGGUUCCUUAGUCAAGGAUCAUUUAGCCAGCAAGUUGGGGAAAAGCCCUGCCUUGAUAUACCAUGUGUGUAUCAUGCCAUGUUUUGAUAAGAAACUAGAAGCAUCACGUGAUGAUUUCUACAAUGAUAUGUACAGAACAAGAGACGUGGACUGUGUUGUCUCUACAGUUGAGGUAGAAACCAUGAUAGAGGAACACAACCCAGACUUCAAGUCAUUAGCAGAUGCAGAAGUUGAUACCAUGUUUUCUAGUGUGGAUAAUAAUGAGCUUGUUGGUCAUUCUGGAGGGGGAUCAGGUGGGUUUUUGGAGCAUAUAUUUAAACAUGCAGCAGAAGAGCUGUUUGACCAAAAGGUUGAGAGUCUUACUUAUAAAACAUUAAGGAACAAGGACUUCAAGGAAGUUACUUUACAGGUUGAUGGGAAAGACGUUCUCAAGUUUGCAGCUGCUUAUGGGUUUCGCAAUAUUCAGAAUUUGGUGCAAAAGCUAAAAAGAGGAAAAUGUACUUAUGAUUUUGUAGAAAUCAUGGCUUGUCCUUCAGGGUGUGUGAAUGGUGGUGCUCAAAUACGACCAAGACAAGACGAGUCAUCCAAGGAUCUUAUUAGUAAAGUGGACAAUUUGUAUAACUCGUUAAGCUCACGAAGUCCCAAUAACAAUCAAGCGGUAACAGAAUUGUACAGCACGUGGUUAGGAGGAAGGGAUACGGAAAAGGCGCACUCUCUUCUCCACACGCAAUACCACGAGGUAGAAAAGAUUAAUAACGCUCUCAACAUCAAAUGGUAAUAAUACAGAUGUUUAAUGAAAGCAGAUCAAGAAUCCUGAAGUUGUAAAGACGUGUGCGACAGACAUUAAUACAUCAAUCUCCUGUGAAAAUCCGAUUCAUUAUACCCAUACCCAGUUAGACAUGAGAAGACUUAUUUUAUGGACACAGCCGACAGUAGAGUGCUGACACUAAAUCCGUGAAACAAAUACUAAUUUUUAGCACUAAAUAGUGAUAAUUAAACAAUAGAAAACAAAGGAUGCUGCAUGAAAUAGUACUAAUUAGUACUAUUUAACGUUCACGGUUUUAGUGCGUGCACUCUAUUAUAACAAGAUAUACAGCAAUCUCAUGGAUAAUCACGAUUAAUAUGUUCAGGGUUCGUCAGUCACGUGGAAUCUAUGCUUUAGGGUCAUUCAAAUAUAUUUUAUGAAAUAUUGUAAAUGUUUUAUCGAUGUAGUAAAUAACCUCAAUCAGUCA